AUGAAGCUGACGCGCAUGCAGAGUGCCAAGGCUGACCCGCUCAACCUCAAGGCCGGGGAUACCACGGCCUGGAUCGACUACGAUGGCGCCGCCGGGGUGCUGAAUGUCUCGAUCGCGAACGGUACGGCCGGGAAGCCCGCCGCGCCGCUCAUCUCCUUCCGCGUCGACCUGUCGGGGGUCUUCCGCGAGCAGAUCCUCGGCGGCGGCGCCGCGCCGGCGCUGGACCUCGCGUCGCUUUCGUCGCUGCCGCGGAUCAAGAGCGGCAGGAACCGGACCUCGCUCAUCCUCGCUGUCGCGUUCUCGGCGUUCGUCGCGCUCGUCGUGCUCGCAGGCGCCGGCGCGUACGGCGCGUACCGGUACAAGAACCGCGACAUCAUCGAACAGUGGGAGCUCGACUACGGCCCGCACCGGUUCAAGUACGCCGAGCUCCGGCGGGUGACGCGUCGGAGUGGGUUCCGGGAGCGCGAGUUGCUGGGCGGCGGCUGUUGGGGGUGGCGGCCAGCUGAGGCAUUUUUCACUGAGGUCAACGCAUGCAUGUUUCCAUGA